AUGUUGUGGGGUCGCUUCAGUCACCGACUGGGUUCGCAAAUUUUGGACACCACAUGGAAAGCGACCACCCAGGGUCAAUCAAGCGGCUUACACAUGGGUCAAGUGGAGAAUGAUGGCCACAUCCUACCGGCCGGUGACCAAGCUUUUGACCCAUCCCUGGCCAUACCGGAGUCAUUUGACUCGCGUAAACAAUGGCCAGAGUGUCAGUCCAUCAAAGAGGUCAGAGACCAGGGAUCAUGUGGCUCGUGCUGGGCGUUCGCCGCCGCGGAGGCCAUGAGUGACCGCAUAUGCGUGGCGUCGGGCGGCAAACAACAGGUGGAGAUCUCGGCCGAGCAUAUACUGGCCUGCAGUGGGGCCGGCGAUUGCCCGUUCGGCGGCUCUUCCGCCGGUGCCUAUCAGUACUACAUAUCCGACGGUAUUGUGUCGGGCGGUCUGUACCAGAGCCACGUCGGCUGUCAGCCCUACAGCCUAAAGGGCUGCGAACAUCACGUUACCGGACAUCUGCCCCCUUGCCCUAAGGAGGACGACCCGACCCCUAAGUGCCAGCACAAGUGUGUCGCCGGCUAUAACGGCACCUAUCAGUCGGACCUACACUUUGGUAGCCGUGCCUAUAGUUUCAGUAAUAGGAAUGAGGAAUUACAGCAGGAUAUCAUGAAGAAUGGCCCCGUUGUCGCCAGUUUUACCGUUUAUGAAGAUUUUCUAACUUACAAGUCCGGUGUUUAUAAGCACCUGACCGGUGAUUAUGCCGGUCGUCACGCCGUGAAGAUCAUUGGAUGGGGUGUGGAGUCGGGUGUGGACUACUGGCUGGUGGCCAACUCGUGGAACCCCGAUUGGGGAGACAAAGGCUUUUUCAAAAUUGCCCGUGGUCAUAAUGAGUGCGGUUUUGAGCAGCAAAUAGUUGCCGGUUUGCCCAAGUGUACUUACUUACUACUCCACAUCUCACCAAGCUCAAACACAAUGGGCAAAUUAAUGCUGGUAGCGUUGUUGGCCGCGUGCGUAGCCGUGUCAUACCCAUCGCCCCAUGGCUUUAAAAGCAUGGAUGAUAUGGUAGACUAUAUUAACGGUUUGGACACCACUUGGAAGGCAACAAAAAACUUUGAUGCCCGAUACCUGGACACCGUUGGUCCCAAUUUGGGUCUCUUACCCCGCAAUCCGUCAUACGUUGCGGGCGAAGCACCCGCUUUCGACCCAUCGCUGGCCUUACCUGAAUCGUUUGACUCGCGUCAACAGUGGCCCGAUUGCAAGUCCAUCAAAGAGAUCAGAGAUCAGGCCUCGUGCGGUUCGUGCUGGGCGUUUGCCGUGGCCGAGGCUAUCAGCGAUCGCAUAUGCGUGGCGUCGGGCGGCAAACAACAGGUGGAGAUCUCUGCCGAGAACAUCAACGACUGCAGCGGCGCCGGCGGCUGUAACGGCGGUUUCAUGGAGGAGGCCUACGAGUACUACGUGUCCGACGGCGUGGUGACCGGCGGUCUGUACAAGUCCAACGUGGGCUGUCAGCCCUACACCAUUCCCGGCUGCGAGCACCACGUGUCGGGCCCUCUGCCCGCCUGUUCGGCAACAGUGCCCACACCCAAG